GCAGAGCAGCGCAGCGUCUGAGAAAAACGUGUAGUCGCUUGACAUAAAAGCGCGGACUCGGUGUCAGGCCAGCAGGUUGAACGGUCAUACUUAUUCGGCACCAUGAAAUUCUUCGCCGCAGCCCUCGUGUCGUUGUUGGGGCUCGCCAAUGCCAACGUCUGCACCCAAGGAGUGAAAAAAUUCUGUUCCUCCAGGGGAGGCCAAGCGACGGCUUGCAUGAAUUACCAAUGUUCGGCGGCGAUCAAGACGAGCACCGGUGACGAGAAUUUCAAGGAGCAGAUGCUCAGAGCCCAUAACCGGUACAGGACCGAGGGUUUCCAGGGACAGAGCGCUGCCGAUAUGCUCGCCGUCAGCUGGUCUGACGAACUGGCUCAGACAGCUCUCCUCUGGGUUUCGCAUCUCUGUGAUCAGAACAGCAUGUUGGACGGCGGUCACGACAAGUGUCGAGUGUCUCCGAGUUUCGACUCCGUCGGACAGAACCUCGCCUGGGGUGCCGGAAGCGCGUGGGGAGGCCCUAUUGAUGCAGACAAAAUGGCUGUCAAGGGCUGGAACGAUGAGAAGAAAGACGCCACCAAUGGUAUGAUGUUCCCGUUUUCUCCUCCUAAUGGACCGGUCAUCGGACACUACACUCAGGUCGUCUGGUCGGGGUCCUACAAAAUCGGCUGCGCCUACGUUACCAGACGUGCGGAUCGAUACGGAUACCAGGGAUGGAUCGCAUGUAACUACGCCCAGGCGGGGAACAUGGUGGGAGACAACGUUUUCACAAGAGGGUCACCGGGCUCAAAGUGUCCCCAGGGAUCCUCGAAGUCCUCGAACGGUCUUUGUACAGUGCAGAAUGAAGAUGCCCUCCGACGAGCUCUCGGCCUCAGACGACUCGACUGAACAUUAUCCCCGGUGAGGGGAGGAAUAAGAGAGAAAAAUAAUGAGGAAAAAAAUACAUAUUCGUAAAU